GAUACUUUAUGUUAGUGUGAACCAUCAUAAUACUGGUGCAUACAUUUCAUAUACAAAAAAGAUACAAAAUCCGAGGUACAUAUUACUAUGCUCCUUGUGACUAAGACAACAGAUCUCAUAACAGAAAAAAGACAUGGGAUGGAAGGCAAUUAUUGGAGGCCCCUCCACUAUCUUUCUUAAUAGCGAAGCAGUCCAUCCACAAUCUUUGAGUAUUAAUGGCGAAGCAGUCCAUCCACAAUCAGUACGGAGUGAGUAUUUUGCAUUUUUGCUUUUGAAAGCUUCCUCGAUUCUGAGACGUUGUUCCUCCGGAUGGCUCUGCCAUAACGCAAUUCCGGCGGAUGCUGAGGAAAUCGGGGUUGAGUGGACAAGCUGGAUUGAUUUUGACCCGUUAACUUCCGAUUUCCUUCCGAAAUUCGGCGUCUGCGGACGGCGGCGGGAUAUGGAGGACGCGGUUGCGGUUCAUCCGUGGUUCUGCCGCGAGAAUCGCAACGAAUUGCACUACUUUGCCGUGUACGACGGCCAUGGAUGCUCUCACGUUUCAGAAGCACAAGAAAAAAGAAGAAAAAACAGAGGAAUGCAGCAGGUUUCACCCGGUGCCGGUGUCGUUCAAUUCCCGGUUCAAGGAACCUGCGACCCCUACUCUGCCGGGAAGAUCUUUUUGGGACGGAGGGAGUAUUAUACACGAGUUCUAUUGGGUUCGUCCCGAGUAGAAUUCCAUGUACUGAUCGAUAGAGGCAGUGAGCUUUCAUGGAUCAAUUGUGCAUCACACAGUGGUUGUCCCUCACUGAGCGAGCUUCUGCUUGAACUUUUCAAUCCGGCAAGCUCUUCAACCUCUUCAGUGAUCCAAUGCUCUGAUCCACAUUGCCCUUCGAAUCACACUGCCUAUUCAGCCCAAAAUACUACCUGCAAUUAUAACAUCUUGUAUGCAGACCGUAGUGGAAUAUCCGGCUAUUAUAUAGCUGAUAAUAUCCAUUUGGAUAUUAUUAUUGAAAAUUCUACUACUUCUAGCACGACUUCAAUCGUUUUUGGGCAGAACUAUCAUGUCCAUCUGGAAGGCAUCAAUAUCAAUGGGCAACCUCUGCAAAUUGACCGAGACAUCUUUGCCAACCAGCGCACAGUACUUGAUUCUGGAACUUAUUUUGUAUACCUAGCACAGGAGGUUUUUUCGCCAUUAGUUCAUGUGAUCGACCAAAGUGCUUCAACAUAUGCAAGUCUGAUUCCUAUAUCAGACAAACGAUGUUACCAUGUACUUUCAAGCCCAUAUGAUGUAUUUCCACUUAUAACAUUGAAUUUAAAAGGAGGUGCAUCAAUGGUUAUGAGGCCAAGACGUGAUACUACUAAUGUGUCAUGAGGGACAAGGUCAUUACAUAUGACUUGGAAACCAAAGGGUUGGGUGGACUGAAUUUGAUUGUAAGAUUUUGUAGUAUUUCACAAAAAUAAGAGCAAUUAAGAAACAAUCUUAAAAACUGCUACCUAACCAUUCACCAUUACAGGUACUACGCCAGUAAUUUUUUCCUCGGCCGUCAUCACUCUUUAGUGCCGACUCCCACCACUACAUCUUGAAGAUAAGCCCAUAAUCACUCAAAAUAUUAUUUUUAGUGUUUAUUUUAACUUUAUUUGUGACAUUACUAAUAUCAUUAUACUUUACUCGGUGAAACCCUGUAAGUUACUUUGCUAAUUUUGUUGUGUGGUACAUAAGGAAAGUAGCUUACAAGGUUUUACCGAGUGAAGUAUAAAUGUAUUACUAAUGUCACAAAUAAAGUUAACAUAAAAACUAUAAAUAAUAUUUUUAGUGAUCUUGGGCUUAUCUUCAAGAUGUAAUGGUAGGAGUCGGUGCUAAUGAGUGCAGACGGCCGAGGAAAAAAUUACCGGUGUGGUACCUGUAAUGAUGAAUGGUUAAAUAGCAGUUUUUAAGAUUGUUUCUUAAUUGCUCUUAUUUUGGUGAAAUACUACAAAAUCUUACAAUCAAACCGUGUGAGCUACUUUGCUUAUGUACUAUAUACAAUUAGAUUAGCAUGAGUCUUU